AUGGCCGGCCUAAAUUUUUUAAUUGAAAGAAAUGUUUUAAAUGCCUUAGAAGAUGCAGAAAUGUUAGCGAAUGUGGAGAAUGGAUUAUACCAAGCAUUUUUAAACCCUCUUGAAGCCUUAUCAGACAAACAAUUUGUAAAAUUAUACCGUUUAACAAAGUCUCUGACAGAGGAACUAAUAGAACUUUUGGAGCCCCACUUGGUACCUCCAUCUAGGGCAUCUGCAUUGAGCAUACCGAGAAAGGACACUACCCUCGACCGUUCUAUAGUGAAGUUCGGUAAAUCACUCAUAGAUGGAAGCAGUAGUAACAUCAUGGAGAAUCGUAGAAAAAUGGUUCCAUACCGUGACUUAAAUAAACGUGAUCGAAAAAAACCUUUAACUCAAGAAGAACUUUUAUCUCUGCUUGAUGAAAGUGACAUAGAUGAAUUUGAUGACUCUAUAGCAAACGAAAAUUACACACCUGAUUUGAGUGAUUUAAGUGAUCUCGAAUCAGACAGAACUAUGAGUUCUGCUUCACAGCGAUCCAGACUAUUGCUAGACCUAGCAGUAGGUAGAAGAAGUAUAGAUUCCAAUAUCCCUUCAACGUCAAAGAUAUCAAUUUUAUCUGAUGCUUCCAUAUCUGAUGUUUCCAUAUCCAAAUCUUAUGAUGCAACAAGCAAGAAACAUACUUUUUACGGUACAGAAAAUUGCCAAUCUGGUGAAUUGGAUCUAACUCCUAUAAAACCGUCUCCUUCCAAGUAUACUUCAUUUGGAGAGACAACAAAUGAGGUUCAUUAUGGUGAUCAGAUUGAUGUACCUACUUGUGAAGAAUCGGAAGUUUUGGAGUUCACUUCAAAGCCUUCACAAAGCACUUGUUGUAAUUCAAACCAUAUAUUGGAAACCGGGUGCAAUAGUCACGUAUUACCACAGAUACCUACAGGUGAAUUCAUUCUAGAUGCAGAGACUGGCAUUCGCAAUUUCGUAGAUGUUAGAGAAAUUGUCGACUCGAACAAUUGUUACUUGGAUGAAGUCAGUGGUCUAUUUUUACCGAACGAACCAUCUGAGGUACCUGAAAACUUCGAUAUUGACGAUAGUAGCGGCUCCGAGACUUUCGAUACUGAAAAUGUUUCUAAAACUCGAAAUAAAAAUAAGAUACAACAGGUUCUAGGUCAAAAAUACAACAGCCGUACAAGGAAAUGCAUUGCUGAUGACAACAGUAAAUCCAAGUUUUACUAUGACCUGCAUACAGGAAGGUCUAUAAAAAACAAACAAUGCUUACAUUCUGCAACCGCUUAG